CUCCGCCCGUCUGGUGAGCACGGGCCGCGCGCCCCGCACCGGGCCUCUGGUUCUGUCGCCGCUCACACACACAGCAAUUUACUGCUAACGCAGCAUGACCGGCCUGCUGAGCUCGCCGGUGCCGCCGCCCGCCAACGGCACGCUGAACGCCACGGCCGCCAAGACCGCCUACCUGCUCGCCGUGCAUGAGGAGUCGCGUGUUUACGCCGUCGUCUACGUCUGCGUCGUGCUCUUGUGCUACACGGUCAGCAUGUCGGUGCUGCUGACGCGACACUUUCGGCGCGCCGAGAACCAGCCCCGCCUGGCCGUACUCUACCAGGCCAUCAUCAACAGGACAGCGUCGCUGCGCAGGCGCCGUACCGACGACGCCGCGCCGCGCGCAGCCCCCCAGGUGGUGGUCCAUGAACCCGAACUGUCGCCGUCACCGUCGGGCGGCGCUAGUAGGCCGGCGCCCGCCGAGCGCCGCUGGAACGGCUGUGCGCCACCAACAAGCGUGGACGAGAUAACGAAGGAGCCGGCGGGCGGCGACAGCUCCCCGGCAAGGACAUGCGGACGAGUGUAUAUGGAAACCGACUUUUGAUCAGACCUGUGUCAGGCAUCAGGCAUCAGGCAUCGACAUUCCAUCCGCGUGCACUAUUACACGAAGGGAUACCCGUGCAUGUCCAUACAGAAGUGUGCGUUGAUAUGUUUGUGGGGUCAGGGAAAUUUGAUAGCUGUAUGCAUACAUCAGAGUAUGCUUAUUGACAGGGUACAUGGUCCAUGUGCUGCAGCAAAUAUCACCGUUGCGCAAUGCACCUAUAUGCGCGCAGAUUUUUGACAGAUGUCGUGAUUGGACGAGCCAUCGGCUCCUGAUCGUUCGGUGUUUUGAACACACACCCUUUUGGGAUCCCUUGUAAUGAUCCGUGAUAGAGUCCUUGAUCGAAUGUGUACGCUGUCUUGACGAAUAUUGACGAGCGUGUGAGAAAUGGGUGUACUUAUUUGGUCCAAAUAAAACACAUCGUCCGCACGUAGUCGUUAGGUCGCCGCAUAUUUGAGAGGCUCAGGGCGAUACGCCA